ACCAUUUGUUUCAGUCUCACAGAGCUUAAUUUUGUGAUGGAGAUGGCUCUCUCCCGCCUCCUGAUCUCAAGAAGAUCAACCUGGUCCAUCAAAUCCAUCCCAACCUAAUCUUCACCUUUCAUUCUUCCUUUCUUCCUUCUCCCUCUCGCCGCCGAUAGAGCUUUCCGAUCCCACCCGCCGUUAUUCCCUUCAAUGAAGCUCUCUGGCGCCACUUCUCUCUCAUGGAGCCGUACUGUCUCCCAUUCUAUUCGUAUCCCUCAACACCUUGCGAUAUGUGGCAAGAGACUUCAGGUUUUCUGCGCCAUUGAUGAAACAGAGAUGAAAAAUCAGCUCACUGUAUCAAUAACUGGAGCUACAGGCUUCAUCGGUAGAAGACUUGUGCGACGGCUAAAUGCAGAUAACCAUAAUAUUCGAGUUCUGACACGUUCUAAAUCUAAAGCUGAGUUGAUUUUUCCGGCUAGGGAAUUUCCAGGAAUCGUGAUCGCAGAGGAGCCAGGGUGGAAAGACUGCAUCCAAGGUUCAGAUGGUGUUGUUAACUUGGCUGGGAUGCCCAUAAGUACCAGGUGGUCUUCUGAGAUCAAGAAAGAGAUCAAGCAAAGCAGGAUCAGAGUCACCUCAAAGGUUGUAAGGUUAAUUAACAAUGCGCCAGAUGCUGCUCGCCCUACUGUUCUUGUUAGCUCAACUGCUGUUGGUUACUACGGCACAAGUGAAACAGCAAUAUUUGACGAACGAAGCCCAUCCGGAAACGAUUACUUGGCCGAGGUUUGUAGGGAAUGGGAAGCAACAGCCCUGGGAGUAAACAAGAAUGUCAGAGUGGCUCUUAUUCGUAUAGGCGUUGUUCUUGGUAAAGGUGGUGCUUUAGCCAAAAUGAUCCCCCUCUUCAUGAUGUAUGCUGGAGGUCCAUUGGGAUCUGGAAAACAAUGGUUUUCCUGGAUCCAUUUGGAUGACAUUGUGGACCUAAUAUAUGAAGCACUGAUGAAUCCAUCUUAUAAGGGUGUAAUAAAUGGAACGGCACCUAACCCGGUUAAAUUGUCUGAAUUAUGUGAGCGGUUGGGAGCCGCCAUGGGCAGACCUUCAUGGCUUCCCGUACCUGACUUCGCCCUCAAAGCCGUCCUUGGAGAUGGAGCUUCUGUGGUUUUGGAAGGGCAAAGGGUAGUGCCUGCGAGAGCCAAGGAAUUGGGGUUUUCAUUCAAGUACCCGUCUGUGAAAGACGCACUCAAGGCCAUUCUUUCCCAAGGGAAUCAAAUAUAAAAUCUGAAGAAUAGUAGCAUCAUCUUCCAUUUAUAUAUAUAUAUAUAUAUAUAUCAUAACACACUAUUGAGGAGGUCGAUUUUUUGUUCAGUAAUUUGAUUUUUGGUUUUGGUUUCGGUUUCCCGCUCAAAUGAAACGGAAUGGGAAGGUCAUAAAUAUAUGAUUGGGAGGUUUAAGGUAUGUAG